AUGACCAGCAGUGAAGCCAUGGACACGCUGGGGCAGUACAAGAUCACGGUGUGGGAGGAGGAGAGCUUCCAGGGCAAGCGCUGCGAGUUCCUCAUGGAGUGCCCCAGCAUCAUGGAGCGCGGCUUCCGCAAGAUCCGCUCCAUCAAGGUGGAGUCUGGCCCCUGGGUGGGCUUCGAGUACCCCGAGUACCAAGGGCAGCAGUUUAUCCUGGAGAAAGGUGACUACCCCCGGUGGGAGGCCUGGAGCGGGAACAGUGGAUACCGGACCGAGCACCUCCUCUCCUUCCGGCCCGUCAAGUGCGCAAACCACAAUGACAGCAAAGUCAUCCUCUAUGAGGCUGAGAACUUCCAGGGGCACAAGUUUGAGCUGAGCGACGACUACCCCUCACUGCAGGCCAUGGGCUGGGGCAACAAGGAGGUGGCAUCCAUCAAAGUGAACGCUGGAGCAUGGGUGGCAUACCAGUACCCAGGAUACAGGGGCUACCAGUACGUGCUGGAGCGGGACAGACAGAACGGCGAGUUCAAGAAGUACAAUGAAUACAGCAGCCAGGCCCACACCAACCAGAUCCAAUCCAUCCGCCGUGUCCAGCACUGAGCAGGGGCAGGGCCACAUGCCCCGCAGCCUCUGGGCUGCUGUGCAAUAGACCUCUAUCUGGUAGCAAAUAAAGGCA